AAAAAAAAAAACAGUCAAGAUGAAUUGCAUGGCUCAUAUCGUUAAAUAUAUUUUAUAUAUUUUUAAUUUAAUAUUUGUGCUAUGCGGUAUUUUACUUAUCGUUUUUGGUUCUAUUAUGAUCAACAAUGUUGGCGAUCUAUCGGACUUCAGUGAUGCAAUCAAUACAGAUCUCAUCCCAAUUUUAAUUAUUAUUUUGGGUUGCAUAGUAUUUGUGAUUGCAUUCUUCGGCUGUUGUGGGGCGAUACGCGAAAAUGUCUGUUGCAUGUCGACUUAUGCCGUCUUCAUGUUUAUCGUUUUCGUCCUGCAAAUUGCCUUGGUGGUAUGGAUGUUCGUCAAACGUAACGAGUUCUUAAACUCCAUGGAUCAAGUGGUUACCACCGUUUGGGAGAAGAAUGACUCCGCCAAUGGAUAUCCAAUGGAUGCUUUACAAAUUAGCUUCAAAUGUUGCGGCCUUACUGGUUCUAUCGAUUACACCGCCAAUAAUCUGCCAGUUCCAAAUUCCUGUUGCGGAACCCUAAACGGUGCUUGUGACGCCAGCGUAUAUGUUACAAAACCUGGCUGCCGUAAGGAAUUCUCAAACUUCUGGUCAUCUAACAUUGACAUAAUUCGUUAUGCUGGCAUUGCAGUUGCUCUUGUCGAACUCGUGGCACUGACAUUUGCCUGCUGCCUAAUGAGCAGUUUUCGUAAAUCACGUCACAGCAUGUAA